UGGCAGCACUGUCUGUAACCAAAUUGCUAGUAUUAGGCAGAGCGAAAUGUCAGGCAAACGCCUGUAAAUGCACAAACGUCAAGUAGAAGGCAGAAAAGUGAAGUGUAAAGUCAUGCUAAUGUACUUUUUCGAAUAUUUUACUAAACUAUUGAAAUAGUGCUAAGAAUCGUAUUCUACUUAUAGCUAUUUCUUAAAAUGAGAACUAGCCUAAUGAUAACUUAAUGAACUACGCGAGUUAUCACAGAAUUUAUCACAGUAAGUCAGCUUAUUAUCUACAAAUUUGUUAUUCUAACCUUAAAUGUAAAUCACAGAUAUGCACCAAAAUGUUACGGAUGAACUAUCAACUAUCUCGUAAAUGAGCCUAAACCGAAUAAUGUAAGUUCUCUUGCUAAAUUAUUUGCUAUUUCAAUUAUUAUACUGAUGAAUUAAUAAAAUUCCAGCUUAUAGCUGUUCUCGCACCCAAAUCACGGAGUUUGCGAUCUGCUGAACGGAAUUCGGCUAACGGCCUCACGAAAACCCCAUUUAUCGCCGUAACAUAACUAUAAGAUUAUUCGACCCGAUGGAAAGUACCUCGGCGUCGGCGAACGUAGCCCGAGCGGGAAGCAGCGGUAGUAACUCGCGCCCCGACUCGAGGAUAUACCAUAGCAGCUUAACAACAAGCGUCGCAACAUCCAGAAGUAGACUUUCCUAUGCUGCCCUUCGGUUGAUGCAACUCGAAGAAGAGCGCGCUAUCCAGCAGCGCGAAUGGCAAUUGGAGAAAAGAGCAAUGGAGCGGGAAAGGAAAGCUAUGCAAUUGCAAUAUAAAUUGCUUGAAGAGCAAUUGGCGUUGCGAAAAAGAAAGUCCAAAGGUCCAACAGAGCCAGUCGGUAAAACCGGUAUUACCAAUACACCAACCGAUGAGACGCCUUCCGAUGAGUCGGCAGAAAACGAUUCAAAGCACAAUUCGGAAGCACAGGAGAAGUCAGGGAAACCGCCGAAGAUGUCAAAGCAGCCUUCGAAAAUGAUGGUUCCAGCUGACCAAUCAACGCAGGAUGAGAUUCAGCAGCGAAGCUACAGCGCGAUUCUCACUACAAGUCCAAACGAACACAUUCCAACCAACAGCGAUUGUAUGGAUACGAUCGCAUGUAAUAUUAUUCCCUUCGCUAUCUCCGUUACACCACCAGAUCUGCUGACAACAUCAGAAUUUAUCAAUGUGGAUAUCAAUUUUGCUAUAUUUUCCCUUUUUCUAAUCGCUAAGGGAAUCGAAAGUAGUGUGGCUGUAGGGGUAGCUGUCGACCACCGUUUGAAUAGAGCGCUUUCGUUUCAACCUCCGUUUCACGUCGCACCCGAACCGCCCGAUCCAGCGCCGCCCCACAUGCAGAUCUCCGUUAACUCCGAUGCCUGGACUGUGAAUAAUUUUAUCAGUGAGAAUACCAUCAAUACGUUGAGAUUCAAAUUCGUUCAACCGGCUGCUGUGAGUGCGCUACAGACUACUGUGUGGCCCACCACAGCUCUCGCAGUCGUCGAUACCCUGAUUAUGAUUGCGAUAGAUACACGCAGCUUUCCGGAUCAUGUACCAGCUACAAGUCAACCGUCCUGUUUACAGAACAAGUGUCUACAACUGGUGUUGGUGGAGAAGCAGCUACUCUGCCUGAACUUGGAGAUGGUGCCAAACACGGCGAGGUUGUCUACGUUCGGAUACUGGAUGAGCGAUACAAAGAAGCUGCCGCAAAUGAGUGAUGAGUGGUCAGCAAACGUCUAUGUGAAAUGUCUGGAGUGCCGAGUAGAAAGAGAGAAGAAGCGUGUGAGUGAAGUCUAUGUACGUUGUGUUGGACACUGCUAUCGCUGUGGCUUAGGUUGUAAUAGUAGUGAUCAUUAUGGUUAUAACAAACGCUAUUUUGUCGGGCUUGUUUACCAACAACAUGUUGCCAUGGGUUUUGCUGAUAGUGAUUUAACAGCACAUAUUCGAGAAUCAAUCAAAACUCGCAUGAGUCGUGCAGUGCUCCAAUACAAGCCUUCUUCGUCUACCGUGGUCCAAUCAAGCCAGUACCGUCAUCGUUAUCGUUCCAGAUCUAGAAGUCGAAGGUGCUUACAAAGCCGGGUCGCAUCGAUCCAGCAUGUUUUUGUACGUGCUGGCGAUACGAUCAUUCGAUUUCAUCAUCUGAAGAAGAAAAAUCUGUCGAAAACAUCGAGCAUCCUAGGAGAUAACAGACCCUACAAGACCUUCCGAAGCCUUCCGUUCAAACGUGAUAUUUCGUUGAGAAACCUGAACGAUUGCAUCAUGAUUGGCGAAACAUUGUCGCAAAAGACGAAUGUCAGAACUAUCAACUUCACUAGUGGUGGAGUUCCAAAUUUGAUAGAAGCGCUAUGUUCAUUCGAUACACUUCCACUGUUUCCGUCAGUCACAAUGAAUGCCAGUCUGACGGGUAUGUUGAUGCUCCAGACAAUCAAGGAUGACUGUGACACCCAUAACCGCAUUAAUUUCUGCAAGCUACCAGUAAUCGACAAUAAUCAGAAUUCUGCACCGGCUUCCAUUGGAACACCGACAGUUAAGGUGGACUAUCGGAUUACAUCAGCUUCGAUGAUCAAUUUAGUGGAACAGAUUUCAAUCGUGGAGGUUCUUGUUUGUGAAGGCGAUAUUUGCUGUAGCUUUGAUUGGAAUGUUUAUAGGAAGCUUUGAAAUGAUGUUGACGGUAAGCUAGAAAGUAAGAGAAUUUAGUAAAACUGGGACCAAUGGCCAGUGUUACGGGGGGGAGAAUGUUGCUGGCAGCACUGUCUGUAACCAAAUUGCUAGUAUUAGGCAGAGCGAAAUGUCAGGCAAACGCCUGUAAAUGCACAAACGUCAAGUAGAAGGCAGAAAAGUGAAGUGUAAAGUCAUGCUAAUGUACUUUUUCGAAUAUUUUACUAAACUAUUGAAAUAGUGCUAAGAAUCGUAUUCUACUUAUAGCUAUUUCUUAAAAUGAGAACUAGCCUAAUGAUAACUUAAUGAACUACGCGAGUUAUCACAGAAUUUAUCACAGUAAGUCAGCUUAUUAUCUACAAAUUUGUUAUUCUAACCUUAAAUGUAAAUCACAGAUAUGCACCAAAAUGUUACGGAUGAACUAUCAACUAUCUCGUAAAUGAGCCUAAACCGAAUAAUGUAAGUUCUCUUGCUAAAUUAUUUGCUAUUUCAAUUAUUAUACUGAUGAAUUAAUAAAAUUCCAGCUUAUAGCUGUUCUCGCACCCAAAUCACGGAGUUUGCGAUCUGCUGAACGGAAUUCGGCUAACGGCCUCACGAAAACCCCAUUUAUCGCC